CUUUUGACCACCUCAUCGACGACAGCUGCUCCCACCGUCUUUCACCUUGGCACGAGGAGCAUCAGCGGCAUCUCCUUCAUACAAACAUCAUAUACAGCCGCCCACAGCAUCACUGCUAAUAUGGCGUCAGCCGGUGCCGCCGCAGCGUCGCUGCUGAAGCGCCAGCUCAAAGAGAUGCAGUCGGGCAAAGACCUCCCCGGCAUCUCAUGCGGUCUCGUCAACGACAACAACAUCUUCGAGUGGGAGGUGAUGCUCAUGAUCAACGACGACUGCAAAUACUACGGCGGAGGCAACUUUCGUGCUCGCCUAGUCUUCCCCCAAAACUACCCUCACAUGCCGCCCCAGCUCACCUUUCAAGAACCCAUCCCGUUCCACCCCAACAUCUACGAGAACGGCAAGCUCUGCAUCUCCAUCCUGCACCCCCCCGAAGAGGACCAGUACGGCUACGAGUCCGCCGCCGAGCGCUGGAGCCCCGUCCAGACGCCCGAGACGAUCCUCCUCAGCAUCAUCAGCUUGUUCUAUAGCCCCAAUGAAGAGAGCCCCGCAAACGUCGAGGCCGCGAGGAUGCUGCGUGAGGAGAAGGAGGGGAAGCACAAGGAUUACAGGAGACGGUGUCGGAAGAGUGUGAGGGAGAGCCUGGGAGAGGACUAAAAAUGAGGCGAGACGGAUAGUAACUUGGAUGCAUUGCUGAGCUGGAACUUGCAUUUUUCUUUUCUUUUACAAUUACAAGAUGGAUGGCGUUCUUUGGAGGAUGAAUGACGGAGGUGUCCUGUUGUUUGCAUUGGUUUGGCGUCUCGGAGAUGCUGUAUUAGUAAAGAGCCUUGACUUAUUCACUGCGGACGACCAGUAGCGUAAUCAGAUAAGCGCUCGUUGAGCCCAAAAAAAAGCAAUAUCGUUCAUCGUA